UGCACCCCUUGGCCAGCCCGCCUGCCUGCCGGGGCCUCGGCCGACCGCGCCCGCCCCGACUCGCGCUGCGGCCGCACUCCUCUUCCUCGUCCUGACGCCCCCCUCCCGCCCGGAAAGCUGCCCAGCUACCAGCAACCCCCCAGUGCCACCAUGGCAACUGCACCAUACAACUACUCUUACAUCUUUAAAUAUAUUAUUAUUGGGGACAUGGGAGUAGGAAAGUCUUGCUUGCUUCAUCAGUUUACAGAAAAAAAAUUUAUGGCUGAUUGUCCUCACACAAUUGGUGUUGAAUUUGGUACAAGAAUAAUUGAAGUUAGUGGCCAAAAAAUCAAACUGCAGAUUUGGGAUACAGCAGGACAGGAGCGGUUUAGGGCUGUUACACGAAGCUACUACAGAGGAGCUGCAGGCGCACUUAUGGUGUAUGAUAUCACUAGAAGAAGUACAUAUAAUCACUUAAGCAGCUGGUUGACAGAUGCAAGGAAUCUCACCAAUCCAAAUACUGUAAUAAUUCUCAUAGGAAAUAAAGCAGACUUGGAAGCACAGAGAGAUGUUACAUAUGAAGAAGCCAAACAGUUUGCUGAAGAAAACGGCUUAUUGUUCCUUGAAGCAAGUGCAAAAACGGGAGAGAAUGUAGAAGAUGCUUUCCUGGAGGCUGCCAAGAAAAUCUAUCAGAACAUUCAGGACGGAAGCCUGGAUCUGAAUGCUGCCGAGUCCGGUGUACAACACAAACCCUCAGCCCCGCAGGGAGGCCGGCUAACCAGUGAGCCCCAACCCCAGAGAGAAGGCUGUGGCUGCUAGUGACCUCUUUGCUCUGGCCUCUCAUUUGACCUUUCACCUCUGUCUGUUGGAAGCAGUACUUUUUACUGCCUCGUUGUCUUCUGUACAUCUUACUGGGUUUAAUUAAAAAACAAAACAAAACUCUGUUGUAAAAACAGUUUAACACAAUACUAAACUGCUAAACAACUAGAUGUAAUCAGGUUAUCAAAGGCAAGUAGAGUAAUAAAUCUCUCCUGCAUGGUGAAUCUAGACUUUUUCCCCCUUGAUUGUCCUUGUGAUAGCUCUGUCACCAAUAUGAUUUAAACUGAGCACUGAUGCUGGACUUCAAUGAUUUCGACCCUCCCUUUUUGGCAAGGCUUCGUCUUACUGUAUGGUUUAAUUUGAUGAUAUCUUAAGCCUUCUCCCCAUCUUGAACUGUUCAAGUAUGUCUGGUGUAACCAAUAAGUUUAUCGCUGUGAAGUGACUGCUGAUGGCAGAGAAGGGGUUCAGUAACUGCUUCUGUUUUGUUUUUGUUGGAUAAAUUCCCUGUUGUGUGGGUGGUAUUUUUCUUGAUGAGGUUUGCUUCUGUCUUAGCCUUGCACGGGGAAAAAUAUUCAUUUAUCUUUUUCUCUUGUGCUUAAUUAAUAGCUUUAUCCUUUUUUUACAUUAUUUUAUCCUUUCUCUUUAACAGAAAGUAAAUAUGUAUAAAAUUCGAAGGAACCGAACUAACAAUACGUUCUUUGUAUAUUAUUUUAAUGAAGAAAAUAAAUUGAUUACUGGCAUUGGAACAGUAUAAAAUUACCAGUUUGUACAGUAUGACCUACAUGUGACCAUGUUACUCCCUCCAUUUCACGUAAGAAAAUAGACAAAACUGCAGUUCACAAGUAGUACUGGCUCCACCCCUUGGUGCUGGCAGUGUUGGGGACAUUAUGCUGGAAAGAGCUCCUAGCAUCAAAGGAUUAACACUAGCCAAUUCUGUUCCAUCUUUGCACUGUGGCUUCUCUGCUGAUUUUCUUAACUAUUCUUGUGCAAUCGACAAUGUGCUAACCUGCUUUUCUCUUUUUGUAAACAUUUUGCAUUAUAGGCUGCAUUCUUGCCUUACUGUAUAGAAAAAGAACAAAGGCUGGGUUUAUUAUUGCACAUUUUAAGCUUUUAUACCUGUAUCUUCUUGGAAUGGUCCGAUUCUGAACCAGACAGGCAGAACCGCAGGUCUGCUGUUAAGGGAUUUUAAUUGUGCAUUUUUAACACUACAGUGAAGUAAUUUAAAAUAUCCCUUGUGUUCAUAGUAUAAGGGACUGUUUUAUGUCAUGUCGGCAUAGAUUGUUUUGUAAAAGGGUAAGUGUUUCCUAAGGGUGUUUCAGUGUUUGUGCUGAUACCGAGUUACUACUUUACACUAGGUGUUUUGGCCACUGAAAGAAUCCUGUAUUGCCAGAGAAACAAUCUUACUUCUUUAGACAACAAACAGGUUUUACUGAGUUGUUCUUUUCUGCUGAUUGCUUUCUAAUUGAGUUUAUGGUUCAGUGGCUGGGAAUUGAGAAGUUAUUGGGAGGGAGUAGGUAAACCUCAGCAUAUUAUAUAAAAUGCACUCGGCUCGACUGCUGUGUUUAAAAUACACAUUUUAAAUCCCUCUUUACAGACACUAACGUACAUCUUUCUGGGUUGUAAACGUGAUAGUACCGGAGUAUUGUAUAGUCAAUGUUAAAUAAAAGCCCAAACUGGAAUGUGCAGAAAAUAGGAUUUGGUUAAUUUGUGGACUCAUUUUUAUUUUUGUCUUUGUUUAACUUUAAAGCAAAGGAAGAUUCCUGGAGUAGAUUGGUAUAUUCUGUUACAGACUUACCAUGACCCAUUUUGCUUUCACUGUUGCAUCACAAGGGAUUCUCCCAGGGACCAUGACCUGCUGGUGUGUGUAUAUAUUUACAAAAACAAAACAAACAGACCCACCCAUAGGGUAGCAAUCACAGACUGAAGACUUCGCUUGUUAGGUGCAAUACCCUGAUUCCCAAAGUUGGUUACAGUGGGUCUUGUUUCUGUGACAGAAGGAUUUAUUCAGACUGCUGUACUCUUCAUUUGAUGUAACAAAAUGCUAUUAAUCUAAAUAUUUGUAAAUAAAGUACCUGUAUCUAGAUUAAAUUAAAA